AUGGGGGGUCCACAUCAAAUUCGCGAUGCGUUUGACAUUGCUAAGAACUUUCUGACCCCAGUCCUCGAUCGAGAGGAAAUACAGAAGACUCAGGGUAAAUCUUUGCUGCAGAUCCUGGGUCAGAAUUCGGGGGAUGAUGAUGGUGCUGGUGAUGAUGCUGCGAGACCAAAGGUGAUCAAUGGGGCUUUGGAUAUCUUGACCAGUCUCCACCGAUCCUUUACUGUGCCUGAGGAUCAACAUGGAUCUCUUCAAUCAUUUGAUGAGGUUGGGGACUCGCCAUCAGAAGAUGCCAAGCGCCGUCGAAUGCUACAUGCACUGCUGGACCUGAUUUCCCUGGAAGGGAUAUAUCCUUCGCUAUCAUCUGGCGUUGGAAUUCCACUGCAGCAGCGGGUAAUCUCGGUAUUACCUGCCGGUGUUAUUGCAAAGCAGGCUCAAGUGGUUGCUAGCAGUGUACCGCACGAUGAGCCUCUUCUGCGCCGCAUAAUCGACGUUUUAAUUGACAUUCUCUUCGACCCGAGACCAAGCCUUCAACAGAUUAUCCGCGGUCGUAUAUUGAGUGAUAUAAUCAGUGGCAUAUCUGAUCUUGCUUUUAAUCCAAACAAUACGGAGUUGCCUUACCGGGACAGAUACCAGAAAGCGUUGGCUAAGCUAAUUGAUGAUACCGCAACCACUGUCUUGCUUCCUACAUUGUCCGCAUUUCUACAAUCGGAUACUGCACCGUGGUUCAAGUCAACAAUCUCCAGCCAGAUCUCGCACGUUCCGCUACGACCCGGUGGUGUAGUGCAAACUAUCAUGUUCAUUGCAUCGCAGUUUUCCCCAUCGCUGGGUCAGGAGGCACAGGAUCAAUCAAAUGGCCCUCGUUUGACGGUCCAGGCCAUCAUGCAAAUCUCACGACUCCUUUCUUCUGUGCCAUCGGAUGUUGACCCAACUGUCUAUUUUACGACAAUUGCCCCCCAACUCCUAGCAUUAAUAGAUGGUGAUGACCCAGAUCUAAGGAAAACCGCAUCAUAUGUUGUCGGUAAUGGAAUUUUGGGGAAACGUGCUUAUGGUGCUCCUGGUACUGUCGGCCACUCGAUCUUUGUGGAGCCGAUAUUCAAUGCACUUACCGCAAACCUCGAUGCUAAAUCAAGGCGAUGGAUCAGUCGCUUCACCGAUAUCGAAGGCUCUAUGCCACACACCAUGGAAGUAGAUCCCACAUCCAAUGUCUUGCAUCCAAAUCCGGGUCUUGUGAAACGAAUCGUUUAUCCGAUUCUUCUUCCAUUAUGGGGCUUGGUAUGUUUCUCCAAGGAGGAAGAGCGAACCUCAUUCCACGAAAACGUCUUGCCCCUGCUCCAAACGUAUUUUGGCAUCUCUGUUGGGGCUCAGCCCCUCAAAAAACUGGUUGAUAACCUUCUUUGGGAUGGGGGCGCGACAUGGACAUAUAGUAAAGAUUCCGACGAUGGAGUCGCUUUACAGAAGCGGAGUGAGGAAACUAGCCAGCAUUCAAAUCUGAUGCGACUAAUUGAUUCUCUGCAAGCACGCGCAGAAGUUUUCGUUAGUCUCAUUGGAUCGGAUCCUAGCAGCGAGGAACGGACCGGUGAUAUUUUCCUGUAUGUCAGUGAAAACUGGCUAGUACAGCCCCAGGGCUCUCCACUUGCCGGCAGCACACUGGGUGGAGGUCCUGUUGGUGACAGUGACAACAUCAUUCAGAAGCUUGUCAGUGCCAAGGUUGCAGAGAAGCUACUUGAGAACUUCAAGGAAGCACUAACUCGACGGCCGCUUCGAGUUUUAGAGCUUAUUAAGCAUGUCAUUGAUGGGGAGCUGCAUAGACUUAGCGCCCAAGAAACGGCGAGGCGAGGGGAAAUGAAUAGGGUGUCCCUAUCAUCUUUAGCUAAUAUUGUGGAAACGGAGGACAAAGACAGGGAGGAAUUAGGCAACGACUCCUCUGAGUCCGUUUCAACAGCCUUCAGUUUGAUGUCUACACUUCUUGCGUCCGCUGACUUCUCCCCCACUGCUGAAAUCCAGCCCCUCCUUUCAUCUCUUAAAAAAGAUCUCGAUCAACUCAUUCCCUUACUCCCUUCUACCCUCUCCAAACCAGCAACGACCUCGUCCAUGUUGCUGGAGAUUCACCUUGCCGCUGCAGACGAAGAAACCACGGUCAAGGCAGUACCAUCUCAUGUUCUGGAUCUUGACACCCAUCGUCAAGCACUUGCGAAUCUCAACUCAGAUCUACCGCCCGUGCAGGCCGAGGGUCUAUCGCUGAUUUCGAAACUGAUCAUGAACUCUUCACCCGUCAUUGAUGUGGGGUCAACCCUCACACUCCUGUUGUCAGUCAUCACCGACACGUCCAAGACUGCUGGCAACGAGGAAUAUGCAUACCUCGGCGCAAUCAAGAUAGUUGGUACCCUAGCAUCACGUCAUCCACGUACCGUCAUCAAAACAUUGGUUGAAGAGUAUGCGGACCGAAGAGAACGACGAGGAUUGGACGAAAGACUCAGAAUUGGCGAGUGUCUUCUGCGAACAGUGCAGGAAUUGGGUAACGCACUAGCCGGUGAGACGGCCAAAAUUCUUGGUGAGACCAUGGUCUCUGUUGCUGGACGGCGUGGCAACAAGCAGCGUGCACAGGAAGCUCGCAAGAAGCAACUUACUAAAGAGAAACGGGAACAGGAACGCGCGCGACGCAAGGAAAAAGAACCAGCCAUGCCCGAAGGCUGGUCCAUUUCAUCCGGAGUAGCCAAAGCUGCUUCCGAACUCGACCUCUCGGAUCUCCAUUCGGACGAAGAAUCCCCAGAACAAUCAGCGUACGCCACAAACGUCGUCGCUGCAUGGGCCGCCGGUGCAUCUGCAGAUGAUGCCCCUGAUGACCUUCGCAUCCGAGCAUCGGCCAUUUCCAUUCUUGGGUCGGCCAUCAACGUCAACAUCCUCGGUCUUGGCCCUGUUAUUCUUUCUUCCGCCGUCGAACUCGCGCUAGCUACUCUAACCCUCGAACGCGAACCAGAGAGCGCCAUCCUCCGUCGGGCGAGUAUUGUCCUGGUCUUCGAUAUUCUCAAAGCUCUCGAGGCAGCGCGGGAGACACGCGGAAACCAGGAUAUCGGAUUCGGCUUUUCCCUUUUGGACGACUUGUCUUCCAGUUUUGCCUCUCCGUAUGGUUCCAGAAUGCAGGGACAGUCGACCAUCGGCAACAUUCCUACCAUGCUACGGACGCUCCGCUUCAUUGAGGGCAGUGAGUCGGACGGGCUCGCCCGUGCAAAUCUGCGCGCUUUGAUAGAAAGUUUGGAGGCGUGGUCGGAAAAGUCUUUGAUGUGGGGUAUUGGUGCCCAGGACAGUCAAGAUGCCUUCAACCCACAAUUUGGACUGAGCGACCGCAUCGCUGGUCUACAGGUUGAUCCUAUGGCCGGGGGAACCACUGGACGCCCUCGCAUCGAGGAGAUUGAAUGA